AUGGAUAGUCCCAGUAAAUCGACAGGCAAAGCCGCAAAGAAAGAGAUGAGACCCCGGACCCCGCAAGAGAGGAAGCGCUUGAAGGCCUCAGAGGAGUUCUCCUUUGUCUCCGAGGAGCAUUCCCAGAACUCCGCCCUUAAAGGGGAGGACAUCCAGGCACUCACUAUCCGGCAGGAGGACCUGGAAAAGCUGCGGGUGCAGCAGCCUCCCAGCGAGGCCCAGAAGCCCCACACAGUGACCCGGGUUCUGGUGCGGAAGACCCGCCCCGUGGAGGAGGAGCGGAGGACGGUCAAGGUGGUAGUGGCCAGACCCGUCCCUCCGGAUGCUGUGGUGCAGCCGCUGGAGUACACAGGUCCCGGUGGGCCUCGCUUUGACGCCCAAGGAAUGGUCCUGCCGCACAGCAUCCUGGGUAGCCUGGAGGACUUCAAGAGAGAGAUGGAGGCCAGGGGCGAAACGGAGCUGGUGAAUCGAGUGCCGGACCACCAGGGAGUGCGCCCCCCGGUGGCAGUGGAGCAGAGGGGCGAGGAGAAGCCCAGACCUCUGACCCGGGGGCGGCGCGGUCCCCCUGACCUGCAGAGCCACGCCCUGCGGCACUGGGACAACCAUAUGGCAGAGCGUCGGCGGCAGCAGGACUUCAUCUCCCAGCUGCUCCAGAAGCCGAUCGAUAGCCUGCUGAUGAAUCAGUCCAACAGGUUUCGGGAGACCCAGGAACAGAGGGAGCUGAUCUCCCGCGGACUCCCUGCGCUGCACUCCGGACAGGGUUACCGUGUGGGCAGUGAGUUCUGGAGUGUCCCGCAGCGCAUUGGGGACGAGCUCAGCGGGGUCGCCGUGACCCUGACCCACAAGGAGAGGGGCAGCCUUGAGCCCGUCACUCGCAUCGGCCAUCCUCAGAGCGUACGACAGGAGACAGGCAACGUGCUUCCCGAAAAGUCGGCCCGCCGGGCCUGGGACAGCAGCCUGUACCUACAGCAGUGCCGCCAGGAGCUCAGAGAGGUUCUGACGGACCUGGACUUCAACCAGCCUGAGAUCGAUGGGUUGGAGGUUGUAGGGACUGGGCAGCCUUUUACCUCGGUCAUGGCAGAACGCUGCCCCCUGCUGGAGGAAGAGGAGACAGACAGUGAGACAGAGCAGAAGGAGAACCGAGAUCCCCUGGCGCACUAUGAUGAUGUCAUCCCGCGGGUGCUGCUGGUUCCCGCUGUCCGCUUCUGCGGGCAGCCGGCCCGUUGGAUCGGCAGCUCCUCCUCACACAAGGGGGAGGUGGGGAUUGCGGCGCGGCUGACCUUUGAGGCGUUGGCAGGGGAGCAGGCCUCCUCUUACCUGGAGCUGCAGAAUGAGGGAAGCACUGCGGUGUACUACAGCUGGCAGUGUCUGCCCCUCCCACACAGCUUCCCUGAGACCCGGCCUGACCCUCACACACAGCACUUCUACUUCAACACCAGCACGGGUGUGAUCCUGCCAGGUGACACCCAGCGGAUCCUCUUCACCUUCAAGUCGGCGGCCCCGGGGAUCGUGAGCGAGACCUGGUGCCUGAACACACACCCUGUUCUGCUGGGCGGGGCUUCUCUGCAGGUCACACUCCGGGGCGUGGCCCUCUAUCGGGACAACACUGCCGACCAGAGGCAGGCGCUGCAGAGGGAGCUGCAGCAGAGGGAGGCAGAGUCCGUGUGCAGGUCUCUGAUUUUGGAGAUCCUGCAGGGAGUGCGCACCCCAGAGUACCCCUGCUCCCCUGCAGAGCUCUACAUCACUGAGGAGGAGCACUUCCAAACCAUCAACCCCCAGUUGCAUUACCGGCCUGAGGCAGUGGAGGGACUGAGGCACCUGUGGGAGCAGGUCAGCAGUGUGGGGGAAGGUGACGCUUCUGAGGAGCCCCAGACCUGGGACCUGUGUGUAUCCAGCCUCAGACAGGCUUUGCUCACCCUGCCUGAGGAUGAUGAAGAGGGGGUCAAGGAGCAGGCACUCGCCCGUUUAAACGCCCUGGUCCUGGAACUCCAUCAGCCCCUGCACCCUCCACCAAAGCUACCACGACACUCCAUUGGGCUGCAGCUGUGGCGGGAGCUGCUGGACGGGCUGGUCAGAGAGGCAGUGUGGCUGAGGCGGGCGAUGGGACUGCCUGAGCUGGAGACCUGGGGAGAAGCACGAUCAGAGGAGGCCCUGGGGAAGGGGAAAAAGGAGGACAAGAGAGGAGGACCAAACUCCAAGGAGGAGGAGAAGAAGGGGACAGCUAAACAGGCAGGGAAAGACAAGCCCACAGAGUCUCAGGAGCAGCCCUCCAGCAAGAGGAAGGUGCGGGAUGAGAGGGAGAAGCGUGCGGGGAGGCCGGGGAAGCCGCCCUCAAAGGCUCCGCCCUCCUCUCCCCCCAGCCCGGGCAGCGACAGCUCAGAGUCCCAGCCAGAACAGAUGGACCUGGAGCUGCAGGAGAAGUACCACCGACACCUGCAUGACCGGGUAUAUGUGCUGAUGGGGUCCUUGGUGGACUCUCUGUGUGACCUGCUGGAGGAAGUGGAGAGUGAUCCACCAGACCCUGCCCAAUCCAAGAUGUUCUUCUGAAACCACAAUGCCCUGGUGCCCCACCCCCCACAGACCACAGCCAAAGCCUAACUUCGCCCAAACCCCAUCUCCUUACAGACAGCACCCUCACCCUACGCAUCCACACCCUUUGUCCCUACAGAUGACACCAAACUUCCAAUUCUUC